UGCACUCCAGCCUGGGUGACAGUGAGACUCUGUCUCUGAAAAAAAAAAAAAAAAAAGGUGUUACUUUUUCACGUGUGAUGAUGGUUGUGUGGCUUCAUCUCCAGUCCUCUUUGAGAAACACUUUCUAAAAUGCUCAAGGGUGGAGGGUGGAGGGUGUGCAGCGGUGGGCGGGGCUGUGACUGUUACCUCCCCAACAGGAAGCGCGUGUGGGGAGGCUUGGGGCUGGGGCCAGCACCCACACCGGGUCUCCACAGCGGCAUGGAGGCCUGUGUGUCUUCACUGCUGGUGCUGGCCCUGGGGGUCCUGUCGAUAGCAGGCAGCUCCUUUGAGACCCAGAUCAUCGGGGGCCGGGAGGUGAUGCCCCACUCGCGCCCGUACAUGGCCUCACUGCAGAGAGAUGGCUCCCACCUGUGCGGGGGUGUCCUGGUGCACCCAAAGUGGGUGCUGACAGCUGCCCACUGCCUUGUCCAGCGGAUGGCCCGGCUGAAGCUGGUGCUGGGGCUCCACACCCUGGACGACCCCGGUCUUACCUUCCACAUCAAGGCAGCCGUCCAGCACCCUCACUACAAGCCAGUCCCUGCCCUGGAGAACGACCUCGCGCUGCUUCAGCUGGACGGGAAAGUGAAGCCCAGCCGGACCAUCCGGCCGUUGGCCUUGCCCAGUAAGCGCCAGGUGGUGGCUGCAGGGACUCGGUGCAGCAUGGCCGGCUGGGGGCUGACCCACCAAGGCGGGCCCCUGUCCCGGGUGCUGCGGGAGCUGGACCUCCACGUGCUGGACACCCGCAUGUGUAACAACAGCCGCUUCUGGAACGGCAGCCUCUCCCCCCACAUGGUCUGCCUGGCGGCUGACUCCAAGGACCAGGCUCCCUGCAAGGGUGACUCGGGCGGGCCCCUGGUGUGUGGCAAAGGCCAGGUGUUGGCCGGAGUCCUGUCCUUCAGCUCCAGGGUCUGCACCAACAUCUUCAAGCCCCCCGUGGCCACCGCUGUGGCGCCUUACGUGUCCUGGAUCAGGAAGGUCACCGGCCGAUCGGCCUGAUGCCCUGGGGUGACGGGGACCCCCUCGCUGUCUCCACAGGACCCUUCCCCUCCAGGGGUGCAGUGGGGUGGGUGAGGACGGGUGGGAGGGACAGGGAGGGGACCAAUAAAUCCUAAUGAAGAAACGCUCAGA